AUGCUGACAAAUUUAUUGUGGAUUUUUUUGUUAACUCUGUGGAUAUAUGUGCUGUGGAAUCGUCGAAAAUAUUAUAAGCUGAUCCUAAAGUUACCCGGCUCAAUCGGAUAUCCUAUAAUUGGCAUUUUACAUCGAUUUUUCACGAAUGAAGGUAGAUCAUUCGUGAAUGUGUUUGGAAAAGAAAUCCAAAAAUGGGGACCAGUUUGGUUGUGCUGGUUUGGACCAAUGCCUCUGUUAGUUGUUAGCGACCCGCAGAUAUCUCAGGAAAUAUUAAAUUCACCUCAUGCCAUGGACAAAGCUCGAUGGGGUUAUAAUGGACUGCGACGAAUUAUUGAAAAUGGCCUAGCUGUCAAAAAAGAUCCCUUGUGGAGUAAACAUCGUAAAGCAUUGAAUCCCGCCUUUGGACACAAUAUUUUAAUCAGCUUCUUGCCCAUCUUCAAUAAGGAAGCGGGAGCUUUAGUUGUGGAACUGGAUAAGCUGGUUGGUAUGGGCGAGAAUAAUUUGCUUCCACAUUUAAAAAAUCAGAACUUAAGAAUAGCAACUCAAACCACGAUGGGCAACGAUAUAAAGAAUGAGCAAAUUUAUAGAAACAAUACCUUGAUGAAUAGUUAUAACCGCAUUUUGGAAAUUGGAUCACAAAUAACGCAUUCUCCUUGGCUCGAUAAUAAACUGAUGCGUUACCUAUUCGGUAUAGAGAACAUUUUCAAUGAAUGUCAUUCGACAAUCCGACAAUUAAUUAAAAAGUUUAUUGACAGGACACUGGAGACUGAUCUUCAACCUAAGAAUAGAAGCAAUACAUUUAUAGAUGUGGCAAUUGAUCAUCUUAAGACUGGAGUUCUCAGCCAUAAGGAUGUUGAAUCGGAAUGUCAUACAAUUGUUGUAGGAGCGUUUGAGACCACUGCAUUUACCCUUAUAAAUAUCUUAAUGUUGAUGGCCAUGUAUCCAGAAUACCAGGAAAAGGCUUAUGAAGAAAUCAAAUCUGUGUUCCCCAAUAGAGAAGAUGUCGAAGUCAACUAUGAAGACAUACAGAAAAUGGAAUACCUGAAUAUGGUAAUAAAUGAGAGUUUGCGGCUAUUUCCAAUAUUUUCGUUAAUAGGGCGACAACUAAAUCAAAAUAUUCGAAUAUCAAACGGAGUUGAGUUACCCAGUGGACUGCAAGUUUUUAUUUGUAUUUACCACAUGCAUCGCAGGAAGGAUGUAUGGGGUCCUGAGGCAGAAGUCUUUAAUCCCGUAAACUGUACUCCUCAAAAUCUAGAGGGCAAACAUCCAUAUGCCUUUAUACCUUUCUCAAAGGGCAAGCGGAACUGCAUAGGUUGGAAAUAUGCAUUGAUAUCAAUGAAAGUUACAUUGGCGAAAGUUUUAAGAAAUUAUAAACUAAGCACAAGUACUCGCUUUGAAGAUUUAAUUAUUGUCGACUAUAUGGCACUGAAAUUUCAGGAUGUGCCUAUGAAAUUGGAACGAAGACCUUGCUAAUUAUAUAAAUAUAACCUUUCCUAUAUUUUUAUUAAUGUUUC